AUGGCUAAUCCAUCUACUGCCGUAAAUCCCGAUCUGGAAAAAGAACGUAAAAAUGCAACAAUUAGAAGUGAAGAUUUUGCCAUUUGGUGGGCCGGUGGUUACAAUGAACUCUGUAAGCGACGGGCUAUGGCCAAACUAUUUUAUGAAGAUCCACAAUUUGUGGACCACAAACACAUUAGCAAUAUGUCGCAUAAGGAGCUUUAUGAGUACACCACAGAAAAAGCUGUACGUUUCUUACUCAAACUGAGAGAAUUCCUAAAGAAACAACAAACAGAGGCGGGUAAUGAUGCCGCUCGAACAGCCAUAGAGGAGUUAUAUGAAUUGCGAGCAUUAAUGGCCGGCCCAUUGGGUUCUGGAUUAUUUCCGGCAAAUUUCCCCUUACGUCUACACUUCUCUAUGUUCCUACCAACUCUAUUGAGGCAGGCCAGCGAUGAGCAAUGUAAACUUUGGUUGGAUAAGGCAUGGAAUAUGGAUGGUAUUAUUGGCACAUAUGCUCAGACGGAACUUGGUCAUGGUACAUAUUUGAAGGGUCUUGAGACCCGGGCAGAUUAUGACAUCGAAAAACAAGAAUUCAUCCUCAAUACACCCAGCCUCACAGCGUACAAAUGGUGGCCAGGAGGUUUGGGUCAUACCGUAAACACAGUGGUAUUAAUGGCCCAACUUUACAUUAAAGGUCGUUCAUACGGGUUUCAACCAUUUUUGGUGCGUAUACGUAAUGAAAAGACUAACGAACCGGAACCGGGUGUAGAUGUUGGUGAUAUUGGUCCACGUAUUGGCGCGAAUGGUGUCAAUAACGGAUUUUUGGGUUUGAAAAAUGUUCGAAUUCCCCUGAAUCAAAUGUUAUGUCGCAAUAAUCGAGUUUUACCCGAUGGUACAUUUGUUAAGGGUCCUGAACCUUUACUGCUGUAUGGAACAAUGGUUUAUGUUCGGGUGAUGAUUGUUCGUGAUGUUUCAGUGAAUCUUCUACAGGCAGCCACCAUUGCAACAAGAUAUUCCGCAGUACGGCGACAAGGUGUCGAAUCUCCCGGCAAAGAAGAAAUUCAAAUUCUCGAUUUCCUUACACAACAACAUAAAAUCUUUCCCCAGAUUGCCAAAGGUACAUUUUAUCGACUAGCCGCCGAUCGUGUUUGGGAUUUCUAUCGCAUUGUUAACAAAGAACUUGAUCAAGGCAACAAGCGUAAUCUACCCGAAUUACAUGCAUUGUCGUGUUGUUUAAAAGCCAUUUGUUCCGAAGAAGCUGCCAAAGGUGUUGAAAUAGCACGUAAAGCAUGUGGAGGUCAUGGUUAUAUGGCAUCGGCUAAUUUUGGUAACCUCUAUACAGCUGCCACUGCCGCCUGUACGUAUGAGGGGGAGAACACGGUACUUCUAUUGCAGACUGCAAGAUUUCUAAUGAAAAAUUACAUUGAUGGUCUGAAGCGAUUUAUAUUACCCAAGACUGUAACCUACUUGCGUAUGAGUCCACAAUUUAAAUGGUCCAUGAAAUUAGAAACAUUGGUAACCGUGCUGGAAAUCACUUCUAUGGAGCGGGUGCGAAACACAUAUUUCACUAUGCAACGCAAUAAAAACCAUUCCAAACAGGCAAAUCAUGCUGGCAUACAAUUGACCAAAUCGGCUACAAUGCAUGGUCGUGCUUUCCUCGGACGCAUGGCAUUGGACACUGUGAGAGGACAAAUGAAAACAGGAAUUAUCCCAAAAUCUCUGCACGAAAUUAUGGAUCAGCUAUUGAAUAUAUUCAUUAUGGAUUUAUUCCUAUCCAGUGUUGAUGAGAUCCUCUGUUUUGUUCCAUCGAUUAAAGGGAAGCAGAUACACGAAGUGGAGGCACGUUAUGAACAAUAUCUAGUGGCUUUCCGCCGCAAUGCUGUGGCUGUUGUUGAUGGUUUUGAUUAUCAUGAUCGUGAUUUGGCAUCUACUUUGGGUUGUUAUGACGGACGUGUCUAUGAACGUUUAAUGGCGGAGGCUCGCAAAUGCGAUAUAAAUUUGGAACCGGUGAACGUCAAUUCUGCUGGUCAUUUGAAUCGACUUAUGAAAGCCAAGUUGUGA